AUGGCUCGCCGACGUCUCAAACUAUGCUGCAUCACCUCGGUGGUAUUCUUAGUCAUUCUCAUCGCCAUCAUCGUGACCUUAUCCUUCACGAUCUUCAAGCCCAAAGAUCCUCAGAUUACGAUCCAGCCCGUUGGCCUCAAGAACUUCAACUUCAACAUCACAGGCGUCACGUUAAACACGCUCGUCACAAUCCACAACCCAAACUACGGCAGCUUUGAGUACAAGAACGUGACCGGUUACGUUAACUACCGCGGGUCGACGGUGGCUGAAGUCCCCAUCGCGCACAACAAGAUUCCCGCUCGGGCAAAAGUCAACAUGACCACUUCGACGGAUCUGAUCGUUGGUAAAUUGAUAUCGAACCCGAGUUUCUGGGAAGACAUUGGCUCGGGCUACUUGAACUUCUCUGCUACGGCGACUUUGCCUGGGAAAGUCAGUCUGGCCAAGAUCUUUAAGUUCCGUGCCACCACUUAUACCUCCUGCUACAUCUUAAUUUACAUUCAAUCUCAGGAUGCGGACUCUAAAUGCAUUACCAAGAUAAAGCUAUAA